CUUCAAGAAAAACGACAAGACAAAAAAAGAAAAGCAGCAAAUUCUAUGUUUCGUGGUUCUAACCUCCGGCCCUAGUUGGUUGGUUUUUGCAUAUAAAUUUGUGAUUUAAUUAAUCUGCAUUGUAUCAAAAGUAAAAGAAAAGUAAUUAUGGCGUUUAAUUUUCCAGCCUUUUCGUACAUAAUAGCUCUCAUAGUAGACGCAUUCCUUAUUUUCUUUUCAUUAUUUCACGUAAUAGCUUUCGAUGAGUUAAAAACUGAUUAUAAAAAUCCUAUUGACCAAUGCAAUAGCUUGAACCCGUUGGUAUUGCCUGAAUAUCUCCUACAUUUAUUGUUCAAUAUUCUAUUUGCUGCUUCGGGAGAAUGGUUUUCCCUUUGUUUAAACAUUCCUCUUAUUGCUUAUCACAUCAAUAGAUACAGAACAAGGCCUGUGAUGUCAGGAUGUGGUAUUUAUGAUCCUACCAGUAUUAUGAAUGCAGAUAUACUUACCAGGUGCCAAAGAGAAGGAUGGAUAAAACUAGCUUUCUAUCUCCUUAGCUUUUUCUAUUAUCUCUAUGGGUAUGUCAUAGCUUUAGAGAAUGAUCAUAUUGAACAUACGUGAAGUUAAUAUCUUAUUAGAGACUGUUUUUGUGGGUGUUGUCCCAGUGAACAUUUUAUCACUUUAAAUGCAUUAUUUAAAUUGUCCUUUAUGUUUGGUGCAUUAAUUAACUAUUUAUUUUAAAUAUGGUAUAUUAAAGCUUACAGCAUUGUAUAUAUUUAAAUAAUUAGGUCUAGGUAUACAUAAUUCAUAUUUUAAAUAACUAAAUGAAGGGUUCUUUUGAAGACAAAAUUCAUAGGGUCUCUAGAAAUGAU